AUGGCCUUUUAUUUUGGCUAUGCUUGGGCAGCUACCUUCAUCGCCGGCGGAGACAAUGGUACCUGGCUCAUGAUGCACUCUUCGGCCCCAAGCGCCGCCAUUCUUCUUGUCGUUGCAAUUAACUCGUCCACCUACGAUCUGCUUCCGCAUGGAUGGCUCAAGGUAGUCAAAGAUACAUCUGAUAUGUUGUACUGCUGGUACGUAGAAGCCAAAGGGAUGGAGGGAAAGGUUGAGUUGUUCAGAUAG